AUGAGGAAGCACCAAGUUGAUUCAGAGUUUGUUGCCAACAACUCAGACUGUGGUAGUGCAGUAAUGGAAGAAAGAAGUGAAUCACUAGUAGAGUACUCAUUUUUCCCAUCAGCCAUGUCAGAGUCAUCAGGCAGUUUCAAUUGUAUAUGGAAUGGAACAAAUCCAAACUCCCCUAUUUACAUUCCAUCAAUUUUCCCAGCCAACCACUCAGAUAGUGAAAGUAAUAGUAUUCCAGGAACCAAUGAAACAUAUCCAAAAUUCUCUCAUAAUUCCAAUUCCAUAAUGUCAUUCUUCCCACCAGCCAGGUCUCCAAAAGACAGUACCGAAAAUUAUGAGAUAAUAAUUACAAAUCCUUCCAUAUCAGCAACAAGUUUUUCCAUUUCAGCAAUCUUCCCACCCAUCAUGUCUGAGACUGAGACAGACGGUAGUUGUUCAGAGUCUGACCAAUCACCUCGUGCACAAUUCUCUAAUUCCAUAGUGUCACUAUUCCCACCAGCCUUGUCUCAAACAGACAGUAGUAGCUCCGAAAAUUAUGAAAUAAUAAUUCCAACUGAUCCUUCCAUAUCAGCAAGGCCUAACCGCAGAGUCCAAAUAGAAACCUUCAAAGACUUGAUUGAGUUUCUUAAGCCGAAGAGUAGUUGUAGUUCAAAAUCUAACCAAACAUCUCAAAAAUUCUCUCAUUCCUACAAAAAUCUAGACUUGACGGAAUUUCGUUUGCAAAUGCUACUUGAAGCCACUCACAACUUCUCUGAAGAUCACAAGAUUGGAACAGGCAGUUUUAGCUCAGUCUACCGUGCCACUUUAGACGAUGGCCAAGUAGUGGCUAUUAAGCGUGCUCAACUAUCAAUGUCUACACCGUACGUGACCAAGCUCAAGGACAAUAAAAAUGCUACAAAGAAUGAAUACGAAGAUUUGUCCCGCCUUAACCACAAGAAUCUCGUUCGCUUAUUGGGAUUUUGUAAGGUUCGUAACGUGCGUGUAGUGGUCUACGAAUACAUGGAAAAUGAUACCCUUCAUGACCAUCUUCAUAAGCUUCAAAGUACUCCUCUAAUAUCAUGGGCUGCUCGGAUUAAAGUGGCACUAGACGCAGCUAAAGGCAUUGAGUAUCUGCAUGCAUAUGCAAUACCGCCAAUCGUACACUGUGACAUCAAAUCUUCUAACAUAUUACUAGAUGCCACGUGGACUGCCAAGGUAUCUGAUUUUGGCCCAUCUUUUAUGUCAUACCUUUCAAUUCUUGGGGCAGGCAGUGUGGACCCCGAGUACUAUAAGCUUCAAUUGUUAACACCCAAAAGUGAUGUGUACAGUUUUGGAGUAGUAUUGCUAGACAUUUUGUUUGGAUACAAAGCACUUCAUAGAGAUGAAAAUGGUGAGCCACAAAGUAUAGUUGAUUUUGUAGUGCCAUACAUUGCCCAAGAUGAAAUUCACAAGAUUUUGGACCCAAAAAUACCACCACCGACCCCAUUUGAAUUAGCAGAAGUGGCAUAUGUUGGGAACCUAGCACUGCAUUGUGUAAGUCUAGAAGGUCGAAAUCGCCCUCAAUGA